CAAAGGAAUGUGUUUUCCCGCAUGGUAAACGACUGUCUUCGUAACAUUGGCAAAGUUUGGUUCCUCGGUAGGCCUCGUUGUCUGUCUGCCCACCAAACCAACCGGCCCUCAAUUUUCGAAACACAGUCCAAAAACUCAAUCUCUCCGCCGCUCAUGGACUCCGUCGUCGGAGCUCCGCCUCCCGUCGCCUCCGCUCCGCCUCGACCGCCGUCGUCGUCGUCUCCGUUUCCCGGACGGGAGGACUGUUGGAGCGAGGACGCCACGUUCACCCUCAUCGACGCCUGGGGCGAGCGCUACCUCGAGCUCAACCGCGGCAACCUCCGCCAGAAGCACUGGCAGGAGGUCGCCGACGCCGUCAACGACCGCCACGCCGGCGGCAACUCCGGCGGCGCUACCAACAACAAUAAGAAAGCGCGCCGGACCGACGUGCAGUGCAAGAACCGAAUCGACACGCUGAAGAAGAAGUACAAGAUCGAGAAGGCUAGGGUUUCCGAAUCCGACGGCGGUUACCAAAGCCCGUGGCCAUUCUUCCCCCGCCUCGACGCUCUCAUCGGCGAUACUUUUCCGAUCAAGAAGCUCUCGCCGCCGGCGAACACUCGGAGCACUCCUUCCGCCGCGAAGGCACAGCCGCUGGCGUGGAUAUCCUCUCAUCCUGUCGGUCCCCGAUCCGGCACUCAGAAACGGCCGCCGGCGAUCAGGGAGAAUUCGUCCUUUCGCCGGAAUUUCUCAGCUUUCGCGGCGGCGGCGGCGGCGGCCGCCGAGGCGGAGAGCGGGGAGUCGGAGGAUUGGAGGUCUAGCAGUGGCACUGGGAGUAGGAAGAGAGAAAGGGAGAGUGAUAAGGAUUGGGAGUUUGGGUGCAGAGAGCUUGCACAGGCCAUUGAGAGAUUUGGAGAGAUAUAUGAGAGAGUGGAAGCAGCGAAGCAGAGGCAAAUGGUGGAGUUGGAGAAACAGAGGAUGCAGUUUGCUAAGGAUUUGGAAUACCAAAGGAUGCAGCUUUUCAUGGAAACGCAGGUUCAGCUGCAGAAAAUCAAACGCACCAAGCGUUCUUCCGGAGCUGACAGUUUCUCAUAGCAAGCGGUGAUGGAGAAUGCUUUGAGAAGAUUAUAUAGAUUUUACCUUUGGACAUGGCAGCAUAUAUAGCUCCUUUUUUGGAGUUAAAAAAAAAAAUUAGGACAGGUAUUUCACAGUGAGGUUCAGGUUUGAUUGUAUUUAUAAUGUAAUACUUACUUUUGUGAAGUAAAUUUACUUUCUUUCUUUUUUAUCACCUUUGAGGAACACCAGAAGAUGAAUGAACCAAGAGAUUUUGGAUGGCUUACUUAAUUGGAACUCUCAAUUUUUUUU